AUGUGUUGUUACUGCUAUUGCCGUCAAAAAGACGCUAGUACAGACGAUCGAAGGACACCUCAAGGUUUGUUUUACAGGGAUGUCCCACAUUUCAUCAAUGCAGAAGGACAACACUUAUUCUGUAGAUAUUGGAUACCAAGCACACCUGUCAGGGCUUUAAUGAUGAUAGUACAUGACGCGAGUGGGCACAGCGGGCGUUACACAAAUCUAGUUGAUAUAUUCCUCGAACUUUCCUUGCUUGUAUUUUCACAUGAUCAUGUUGGCCACGGGCAGAGUGAAGGGAAACGCCUGAUUGUAUCAGAUUUCAGAAUAUACAUCCGUGACUGCCUGCAACACAUUGACAUGAUGAAGAGACGCUAUCCCAACCUCAACCUCUACGUUAUGUCCCUUUCCAUGGGCGGAUUGAUACACAUCUACAUCAUGCACGAGAGGCCGUCUGUUGUGGAUGGGUCAAUUUUCAUAGCGCCCUUGGUGCUAAUGAACCCUCAAUCAGCUACGCCUAUUAAGAUGCUAUUAGCCAAAUUGCUGUAUCACAUGUUACCACGGCUACCCCUGGGAUACAUCGAUCCACUAGCAAUAUCAUCAGACAAUCAACAGGUGGCGAAUUAUAUAAAUGAUCCUCUCGUCUACCAUGGACCCGUGACUGUGAAAUUUGCUUUUGAGGUGUUGAAUGCGCUAAGGACGAUCGAGAAAUUGUUCCCCACCAUCACCUCACCGGUACUAAUAAUGCACGGCGAUGCGGAUACUCUAUCAGACAUCAGGGGAUCCUACAUUAUGUACGGGAAGUUGGGCAGCAUGGACAAAACAUUUAAGUCCUUUGUGAACGCCUCUCACGAACUCCAUUACGAACCUCUCCCUGUGCGUACCAAGGUGGUGAGACUGAUUAGACUGUGGCUCCAGGAACGGUUACCAGCAGCAACCUGA